AUGGAGUCAAUGGUGUGGAGUGAGAUCAUUCUCUCAGUUUACAUCAUUUCCUUCCUCAUAGGCCUGCCGGCCAACCUCCUGGCUCUCUACGCCUUCAGCGUUAAGAUCCACUCCAGGCCACUUCCAACAGACAUCCUGCUGCUCAAUCUGACUGUCUCUGACCUGCUCUUUUUGAUCACCCUGCCUCUCAAGAUGCAUGAGGCAGUGUCAGGCAUGCAAUGGGAUUUGCCAAUCUUACUGUGCUCCAUCACCUCCUUCACGUUCUUCUCCACGAUCUACACCAGCUCCCUGCUGCUGAUGGCGGUCAGCGUGGUUCGCUACAUCGGUGUAGCUUUCCCCUUCGCCUAUCAUCGGCUGCGCAAACCUGUGUACGCGAUAGUCAUCAGUGCUGCUAUUUGGCUCAUUUCGGCCGCACACUGCAGCAUCACUUUCAUCACCCAGCACCACCCAUCCGUCGCCAAGAACUCCAAUGUCUGCUAUGAGAACUUUACUGAGAAGCAGUUGGAGAUCCUCCUCCCUGUACGCUUGGAGUUUUUCUUUGUGCUCUGCCUCGCACCUCUUCUAAUUUGUGUUUUCUGCUACUUGCGCUGCAUUAUGAUCCUGUACAGCCGCCCCAGGAUAUCCCGGAUGCAGAGGCAGAAGGCCAUUGGUAUGGCCUUGGGGACUCUAGCUGUUUUUCUCAUUUGUGUGCUGCCAUACAACUUCUCUCAUUUACUUGGUUACUUCCAGGGGGAGAGCCCGAAAUGGAGGCACUACACAUUGCUGCUUAGCACCUUCAACACCUGUAUUGAUCCCAUCAUCUUCUACUUUUCCUCCUCCUCUUUCCGCUGCACAAGCAAAAAGUCAAUUUUCAGGCAGCAUGCACUCACUGUUUCAGGAUUAGAAAUUCAGCCCACAAGCAUUAACAAAGAGUAA